AUGGAAGGGGGAAGAUGGACGGUUGACCUGGUCAGGUUGUCUCCUGCAUCCCUCCCCACAACUUCUGUGCGCUCCUUCCCAGAAACCUCUGAGAGAUCUGGUGAGUCCUAGGGGAGGGGAGAUGGGAACAUGGAUGGAUGGAGGGUGAAGAGGGAAAGUUCUCUGGCCAGAAAUGAGAUAAAGCAGGGAUUUUGCUGAGGAUGGGGCCCCCAACAUACUGGGAGGCUUCCCCUCCAGCCAGAAAAUCCCUGCAGGGCCUCUGAGCCUCCCUUUGCUUCUUCCUCUCUCCCAGGACCCUGCAGCUUCUUUUGGCUCCUUGACUCCUCAGGAAGGAUGAAAGAGACGGAUCCUGCAAACCUAGCAAGGAUGGAAGGGGGAAGAUGGACGGUUGACCUGGUCAGGUUGUCUCCUGCAUCCCUCCCCACAACUCCUGAGCCUUCCCUCCCAGGGACCUCCGAGAAAUCGGGUGAGAUCCAGGGGAGGGGAGAUGGGUACAUGGAUGGAUGGAGGGUGGAAGAGGGGAGCUCUCUGGCCAGAAAUGAGAUAAAGCAGGGAUUUUGCUGAGGAUGGGGCCCCCAACAUAUUGGGAGGCUUCCCCUCCAGCCAGAAAAUCCCUGCAGGGCCUCUGAGCCUCCCUUUGCUUUUUCCUCUCUCCCAGGACCCUGCAGCUUGUUUUGGUUCCUUGACUCCUCAGGAAGGAUGAAAGAGACGGAUCCUGCAAACCUAGCAAGGAUGGAAGGGGGAAGAUGGACGGUUGACCUGGUCCGGCUGUCUCCUACAUCCCUCCUCUCAACCUCUGAGCACUCCCUCCCAGGGACCUCCGAGAGAUCUGGUGAGUCCCAGGGGAGUGGAGAUGGGGACGUGGAGGGAUGGAGCCAGAGAGGAAUUGGGGCUUGUUCAGCUAGGGGGUGGGGGGAGGCAGGCAGGCAGAUGGAGAUGGAGAAGGGCAGCACCUUUUCUGCCUCCCCCACCUGCCUGCCUUCCUGCCUGCCUGCUUCUUUUGUCAUCUGCAGGCAAUUUGAGCUAGGAAUAGAUCACAGCUCCCCGGCCACCACAGCUCAGAAGGUCUAAAACCAGUUCUGUGAUCUGGAUGCCCUGCCAAUGUCAGACAACUCACUCAUCCUGCUUUGCAGUUUGAAUGCAGAUGGGGCCUCUGUGUGUUGUCUUUUUCUUUUUGGAAAAACUUUUUAUUUGCUUUUAAAAACAAGGAUCAUAGGACUAAUAAAUGAUACAAAUAUGUAGACUAAGUCUUCACGUGCCAUUUGCAUAUCAGAAAUAGCAGAAUAAAUUUGCAGGAAUAGCUAUAUAUCUAUAUAUAUCUGGGUUCAUGAAUUGGUUUGAACUGAGUUAUAGUCACUUUUCCUCUUCUGUUGCUAACGAAACAAUACAGUCUCCUCAUGGAAAUGGGAGGGGGGUUCAAAGUGAAGAAAGUGCUUUACGAAUAAAUUUAAAUUUAGACCAACCAGAUUGAGGCAGCAGCUGAUGGGGAGUGUUCAGGUGAAGGUGUUGCUGUUUGUUUCACAGACGAGACGUGGACGUUCCAUACAUACCUGUAUGUGAUGAACUUCAACUCUUUGGCUGGAGACCAACAGCAUCUGGGAUUCUAACAUCCCCCACCGUGAACCCAGAAUGGAGGGAUAUCAACUGUUUCCUCUGUGAAUGUUCUGCAUCUAGUCAUGCCUUUUAAAACAAUGACCAGGCUUGUCUGAACCACCCAGGCCUUCUUAAAUGCCGGCUUCAGAGUUUUUAAGGGAAGUUGAUGUAAAUUCUGUCAGUCUUGCUGUUUUUGCUUCUGUUUGCAUUUGAUUGACCAAAGAGAUGACUGACCUUGGAGACGGAGUGGAUUCCAGGAUUGAGCAAGAACAAAAUCCAUUCCAGAUAAAAGCCAAGCAAUAUGUCAGUAAAUACCAGCCAACCAAGGUAGUGAAAACUAUAGAAAGGCCCCACAUCUAACUAUUUUUAGUUCUUCCUCUAUCACAGGCAUUCAUUAACUUGGUUCAAUGAUCUGAAGCUCCAUUUCUUCCUGAGGCUCUAAUUCGCUGCUCUCUUCAUUGCAGAUGGUGAGGAAUUAGAAGGGAAGAACAAGGGGGAACGCAACAAAAUGCACAUAGCGGAGAAGUCAUAUAAGUAUUCAGAAUGUGGAGAGAACAUCGGUCAGAGCUCCCAGGACACCUCCCAUCAAAGAAAGAGUUUCGUUCAGAGGGAUAGCCUCACUUCACACGUAAGAACAAAGAGUAGGGAGAAAUUGUAUCAGUGCAGAGAAUGUGGAAAGAGCUUCGGUAACCGCCGGAAUCUCACUUUGCAUCAACGAAUUCAUACAGGAGAAAAACCCUAUAAGUGCUUGGAAUGUGGGAAGAGCUUCAAGCACAGUUAUACUCUCACUUCCCAUCAAAGAAUUCAUACUGGAGAAAAACCCUAUCAGUGCUUCGAAUGCGGGAAGAGCUUUGGGCAAGUGGGUAAGCUCACUUUGCAUCAAAGAAGUCAUACAGGGGAGAAACCCUAUCAGUGCUUUGAAUGUGGAAGGAGCUUCACUGAUAGCUCCCAUCUCACUUCCCAUCACAGAAUUCAUACAGGGGAGAAACCCUAUCAGUGCUUGGAAUGUGGAAGGAGCUUCAGUCUCAAGUACAGUCUCACUUCCCAUCGAAGAAUUCAUACAGGGGAGAAACCCUAUCAGUGCUUGGAAUGUGGAAGGAGCUUCAGUCUCAAGUACAGUCUCACUUCCCAUCGAAGAAUUCAUACAGGGGAGAAACCCUAUCAAUGCUUGGAAUGUGGAAAGAGCUUUCGUCAGAAAGGUUAUCUUGCUUUGCAUAGAAGAAUCCAUACAGGGGAGAAACCCUAUCAGUGCUUGGAAUGUGGAAAGAGCUUCAGUCAGAGCUCCCAUCUCACUUUCCAUCAAAGAAUUCAUAGACGGCAGAAACCCUAUCACUGCUUGGAAUGUGGAAAGAGCUUCAGUCAGAUGGUGAAUCUCACUUCCCAUCAAAAAACUCAUAAAGGGGAGAAACCCUAUCAGUGCUUGGAAUGUGGAAAGAGCUUCAGAAGGAGCUCCCAUCUCACUUUGCAUCAAAGAAUUCAUACAGGGGAGAAACCCUAUCAGUGCCUGGAAUGUGGAAAGAGCUUCAGUCAGAGCUCCCAUCUCAAUUUCCAUCAAAGAAUUCAUACAGGAGAGAAACCCUUUCAGUGCUUUGAAUGCGGGAAGAACUUCCGGGAGCGGAUGAAGGUCACUUUGCAUCAAAUAACUCAUACAGGGGAGAAACCCUAUCAGUGCUUCGAAUGCGGAAAGAGCUUCAGUUGGAAGACCAGUCUCACUUUGCAUCAAAGAAUUCAUACAGGGGAGAAACCCUAUCACUGCUUUGAAUGUGGAAAGAGCUUCACUUUUAGCUCCAGUCUCACUUCCCAUCACAGAAUUCAUACAGGGGAGAAACCCUAUCACUGCUUGGAAUGUGGGAAGAGCUUCACUAAUAACUCCAGUCUCACUUCCCAUCGAAGAAUUCAUACAGAGGGGAAACCAAAAAAGAGAAAUAAAACAAAAAAUAUUAAACAAACCUUACAAAAUACAAUUGUAUAG